CAAGUGGACUUCAGUGUUUGCGUUGUGUUUUUUAUCGUUGUUAAUUAUUUUUACUUUUAUGCGAAUUGUUCCCGCGUUUAACUUUCAAUUUGUGUGGUUGGCCAAUCACAGCGCGAGAGGGAGGGGCUUGGCCCGCCACCGCUCCAUAUUUUUGGUGAAACUGCAUAGUCUUGUGCGACUGCGUUUCGGCCGACCUUCCAGACGGAGCCGGCGUAUCUGGUGCCCAAAACCGCACAUUUCUGAGACCAUGGGUGGUUUUUAACCUCUUCAUUGAAGUUACAAUCUGUCCUGAGAAUGUGUGUGUUGGGACUAGGGUUGUCAUCACCAGGGUUCGCGGGGAAAUUUAAGAUGAAUGUAACCUGAUACUAGGGGGCGGGGAAGCUCCGGGAUCCCGGUGCCACACGCUCUCACCGGGUGGUGUGUUGACUUCAUACACUUUCUUUCUCACCGGGUGGUGUCGUCAUUAGAGAGCAAUACACCAUACGAUCGAAUCAACUGAACAAUAACCAUGAAUAAAGGCAACAUUUCAACGGCUUGUGUGUGUGUGUUUUUCUCUGUGGCCCUCCCCCUCUGUGCAGCCCUGCCCACUCCUCCGCCGGGCACCAAUCAAAAGGCUGAACUGCUGCGCCAAGGCUCCUGCCCUGAAGGCCUGUACCCGUCAGCGAGCCUGUGCUGCCUCAACUGCCCCGCUGGCGAACACCAGGUCUCCCCGUGCUCCAGCGACCGGGGGAGCAGUGUGUGCUCAAAGUGUCCCAUGGGGACGUUCACGGAUCACAGCAACGACCUGCACACCUGUCUCACCUGCACCCGGUGCCCCCCAGACCAGGAAGAGGUGCAGCCCUGCUCCCCCACCAACAACACGAUGUGCCGGUGUAAGCCCGGGUCCUUCUGCGCCCACGACCAGGCCUGCGAGGCGUGUCAGCGGUGCAGGAGCUGUAACGACGGAGAGACGCGGGUGAAGAGCUGCACUGCCCACUCCAACAGCGAAUGCGCCAAGACCUCGACGCCCGGGACCCCAACGGAGGGGAGGUCUCCUGAUUCAGGCUCAGCCCCCCUGGCGCCCUGGUGGAUUCUGGGCGUUCUAGUGAUCGCUGGUGUUGCUUUUUUUUGCUUCCUGGUCUACAAGAAAAGGAGACGUUGCUUGAAAUGUCUGCCUAGCCUGUCACCUGGCCAUUCUCAGCAGGAGGCCAAAAGGCAUGGACCCCUCGAGAUCGCGCAGAACGCCCAUAACGUGUUGGUGGAAAUCCCCCUGCUGCCCCCUGAAAAGUCCAGAAGUGACGGCUCGGUCGAUGAAGAAGACCCUGGUCUGGGCAGCAGCAGCUCUGAGACCAGCCUCACGGUCGAACGCACCUCGACGCCCUCUCCACAGACCCCAGCGGGCUGGACCACCAGCCCACCCAAUGCGAGGAAUGAUGACGAUUCACUGCUAGUUCCUUUAAAUGGUGAUGUGUCUCUAAGGCACUGCUUUGAGUAUUUUGACGAUGACAUGGUUUCCAAGGUUCACAAGAGGUUCUUCCGGAAAUUGCAUCUCAGCGAAAAAGUUAUCGACAGAGCAAUCAACAACGUAAACAACGAGGACUGCGUCUAUGAGCUGCUGGGCGUUUGGCUCGAGAGGGAAGGCCAAGAAGCUAAACUCCACCACCUGCUGCAAAAGCUUAGGGACUUGGAUCAGAACCGGACGGCAGACUCAAUCGUUACAAAGGCCAUCGCUAACGGGCACUAUAAAAGAUGGGUGAUUCCACAACCAUCGUGUUCGGGCAAAGGCGAUGAGUGAAUCAGACCUGGGGGGUCUUGCUUGGGGACUUUCUUGGGCUUUUCUGCAACUCUUUAAGAAAAAUAAAAUAAAGGUCCAACUGCAUAAAUGUGGUGAGGGGGAAAUUCCAAGAGGACCAAGUCCAUCGGAACAAACCCGGGUUGAUGGGGAUUCUAUUUUUCCUGUGUCCACUGCUGUUUUGGUGUAAUAUAUCUGAACAGUGGUGAACAUAAAACGUUUACUUACUUGUGACAUGAAGUCAAAAGGUUCUCAGGGUCACGCGGUGGCAACCUACUAGCCUUCAAGCUGUGUGGUGUCAAUCGGCCGUAGUGAAUGAUGUUGGUCUUCCGCGUUAUGUAGGAAAAAUGAACCAAUGUUGUGAAACAAAAAUAGUGUAGUUGUAAACUCAUUAUGAUUGUAGGCUCUAUGAUUGUAGGCCUGUUCGAAGUUCUAGAAAUGGACCGAACGCCCGGGCUACCCUGACCUCAGGGAAUGUCCACCGAGCGCAGUACUGGGUGUGUGCCAGAAUGGCACACCGCACUGCUCACUCAAGAAAAGAUAUACAUCUAAGUGUAUCUAUAUUAUCCUAUAUAGAUACAGAGACGGAUAACUUAAAUCCUAGCUCUAGUUAGAUGUAUAAAUAAAAAAAACAGCCUUUCUAAGCACUCUUAAAGCCCUAACCAUGGGCAUGGGUGUGAGUUUGAGUCCCUCCGGUACUUAAACUCGAAGGUACUUGCGAAGUGCUGGCUUCUAAUGGGUUCUUACCCAUCAGCCAAGUCGACGCAGAAUAGAGUCUUGAGCCCUUGAAUGACGACUCUGGGGUAGCCCCACUAGGGGUCCCAGAGCGUGGGUGAACAAGACGAGCAAGGUGAAGUGAAAUCGGUUUCCUCAGGAAACUUUUUGAGCUCACCUGCCUCACAAGAGGAUGCAUUCGAGCAAAACAAAUAUUGAUACAUUUGAUAUUUAUUGUACUUAUUUCACAUUAUGUGUAUUUAUAUAGGGCAACAAUGAUCAAAUGUUUAGAAAUAUUUAUUUUUGUAAUGUUUUGUGCAGAAUCGAUGUAAUACAGCUUCCGGACAUUCUUUGUCCUUGUUGUUGUAGCCUUAUUGAUACUUUUUUACACGAAAUGAGUAUUAAUUUGAGAUGAAUUUGGUACAAUUGGGCUCAUGUUUGAGUUCAUACUGUGUCCAUUCCUGUUCACUCCGAUCUCAUUCUUUGUUCGAUUUUUAUCAAAUGAGAAUGAACUAAGGCACCUUGUUGAAUGAUUAAACAUUUCUAAAUGUCAACCUAACAUGAAGAAAUGGAAAUGUUCAAACGCAAGCUCCGUAAGACAGAUGUGCAAUCCAGCACAUCCCUCUGCAGUCAAUGUUACAACUUGCAAUCACUACCCUGUGAACUGUGUUGGGAAAAAACACCUUUUCACACCUUUCUCUCUUUUCAAACUUUUAUUUUUUCUUAUUUCUCUCAUCAAACACGUGCUGUUUUUUCUCAAAUCAAACGCUGUUGGAUAACAUCUUAAAUAAAGUUUUUUUCAGCAAUGUGUUCUUGUAUGUCACAUUAUUGUUAAGGGCGGCUGCAU